AUGAAGACUAUUGAAGGAAAAGAAGUUUGCUAUGAAAGGCUGGGAUGCUUCUCAGAUGACUUCUCAUGGAUGGGGACUUUGUCGAAACAUUUGACCGGUCUCCCCUGGUCUCCCGAAAAGAUAAACACCCGCUUUCUGCUCUAUACCAGACACAACCGCAAUGACUACCAGGAGAUCAGCGCAGUUAAUUAUUCAACUAUCCAAGCUUCCCAUUUUGGAAUACACAAGAGGACUCGGAUCAACAUUCCUGGGUGGAAAACCGAUGGCAAAUGGCAGAGGCACAUGUGCAAUGUGUUACUCCAAGUGGAAGAUGUGAACUGCAUUAACCUAGACUGGAUCAAUGGUUCGCUGCAGUACAUCCAUGCUAUCAACAACCUCCGUGUUGUCGCGGCCGAGGUGGCUUAUUUGGUCAGUAUUCUGGAGACAAAGUUUGGAUAUUCGCCUUCUAAAGUGCACCUGAUUGGCCACAGCUUAGGAGCACAUCUGGCGGGGGAAGCCGGGUCAAGAAUAGCAGGUCUCGGAAGGAUCACUGGGCUGGACCCAGCAGGGCCUUAUUUCCACAACACUCCUAACCUAGUCAGCCUGGACCCCUCAGAUGCUGAAUUCGUGGAUGUGAUUCACACAAACGCAGCUCGCUUAUUCUUUGAGUUGGGUAUUGGGACUACAAAUGCCUGUGGCCACCUUGACUUUUACCCAAAUGGAGGAAAGUACAUGCCUGGAUGCGCUGACUUAAUUGCACCAUUAUUUAAAUUGGAUUUCAGUAGAUAUAAUAAAGAAGCAACGUUCUUCUUGGACUGUAACCAUGCCCGGAGCCAUCGCUUUUACGCGGAAAGCAUCCUCAACCCUGCUGCGUUUAUUGCUUAUCCAUGUAGAUCCUACGAACAUUUCCAAGCAGGGAAUUGCUCCCAGUGCCCCAAAGAAGGCUGUCCAACAAUGGGUCAUUUUGCUGACAGAUUUCAUCUCAAAAACGUGAACCCUAAUGGGUCAUAUUAUUUUUUAAACACAGGCUCUCGUUCCCCAUUUGCCCGCUGGAGGCACAAACUGUCUGUCAAACUCCGCGGAAGCAAUGCCAUUCAGGGCAGCAUCUUUCUCCGUGUCGGUGGAACACUUGGGAAGACGGGGCAGUUGGAGGUAGCCAGUAGGAAACUCAAGCCAGGAGCGACUUACACAAAAUUAAUCGAUGCAGACGUUAAUGUUGGAAACAUUUCAAGUAUUGAGUUCAUGUGGAAGAAACAUAUAUUUCAACAUUCUCAGGAUACGUUGGGAGCAGAAAUGGUGAUAGAUGCAUCUGGAAAAUAUGGGUAUGAAUCUACCUUCUGUAGCCAGGACACCGUGGAUGCGAAUGUUGCCCAGACUCUGACCCCAUGCCAGUCCCAGAUGCCAUCCUCAGGGCUGUAUUCAGUGGGAACUGUCACGGGGGAGAGGACUGUCCCUUGA